AUGUCAGAAGAAACCAUCAGUUUAGGAACAUACUUGUUCGAGAGAUUACACCAAGAGCCAAUUGGCUUAAGGUCUAUUUUCGGAGUCCCCGGAGACUUCAAUUUGACGCUCUUAGAUAAGAUUGAUGAUGUGAAGGGUUUGAGCUGGAAAGGAAAUGCCAAUGAAUUGAAUGCUGCGUAUUCCGCAGAUGGAUAUAGCAGAGUUAAGGGAGGCAUUGAGCAGAACUCGGAGAAAGGAGGAAGUGGUUUUGCUGCUUUAGUCACCACCUUUGGUGUGGGAGAGUUGUCUGCCUUAAAUGGGAUUGCUGGUGCUUAUGCUGAGCACGUUGGAUUAUUACACAUUGUGGGAAUUCCUUCUAUUGCUGCUCAAUCCAAACAGCUUUUAUUGCACCACACAUUAGGAAACGGAGACUUUACUGUGUUCAGGAAGAUGUCUUCCUUCAUCUCCCAGACUACGGGAUUUUUAUCGGAUCCUGCCACUGCCGCUGGCGAAAUCGACAGAUGUAUCAGAGAAGCUUAUAUCAACCAAAGACCUAGCUACUUGGCGUUUCCCUCCAACAUGGUAGAAGUUGAGGUACCUCGGAGCUUGUUGGACACUCCGAUUGACGUGAGUAUUCCAAAGAACGAGGAAAGUGAAGAAGAUGAGGUGAUUGAAAGAACAUUGGAAUUGAUCAAAUCGGCCAAAAAUCCCAUUAUCUUAAUUGACGCUUGUUGUGCCAGACACAACUCGACCUUAGAAGCCAGUAAAUUGAUUGAGUUGACCAAUUUCCGGUUUGCUUUAACUCCAAUGGCCAAAGGUUCGAAGUACAUCGAUGAAGCUCAUCCCAAUUUCACCGGUAUCUACGUUGGUUCGUUGUCAUAUCCAAAGGUCAAAGAAGCAGUUGAGUCUUCUGACUUGGUGUUAUCCUUAGGUGCUAUGCUCAGUGACUUCAAUACCGGUUCGUUUUCGUAUUCUUACCUGACCAAAAACGUUGUGGAGUUUCACUCAAAUUACAUCAAAAUCAGAAGUGCUCAGUAUCCCAACGUUAGAAUGAAACAAACGUUGCAGAGGUUGUUGAAAUCGUCCGAAUUGAAGGAAGCGGUCAAGGGAUUCAAGCCAACUGCCGUUGUCAAAGACCCAUUUGAAGUACCCGAACCUGGACAGAAGUCCAUCUCUCAACAAUGGUUGUGGUACCAUUUGGGAGAAUUUUUGCAAAAGGGAGAUGUUAUCAUCACUGAAACUGGUACUUCUUCCUUUGGUAUUGUCCAAACUCCCUACCCUCCAGACGCUUUGGGGAUUUCUCAGGUAUUAUGGGGCUCAAUUGGUUAUUCGGUGGGAGCCUUGUUUGGAGCUGUUACCGCAGCUGAAGAGUUUUCGUCAAGAAGAACUAUCUUGUUUGUAGGUGAUGGUUCUUUGCAGCUCACAGUCCAAGAGAUCUCGUCUAUGAUUAGAAACAAGAACAAACCAUAUAUUUUUGUCUUGAACAAUGAUGGAUACACUAUUGAAAGGUUGAUUCAUGGUGAGAAUGCUGGCUACAACGAUAUUCAACCUUGGAAGCAUCAAGAGUUGUUGAAUACUUUCGGGGCCACUGACUUUGAAUCUAUUAAGGUAUCCACUCUUGAUGAGAUAUCCAAGUUGUUCAAGGAUAAGGAUUUUGCAAAAGCUGAUAAAAUCCGGUUGAUUGAAAUUAUGCUUCCCAAGAUGGAUGCUCCACAAAGUUUGAUCAAACAGGCAGAGUUAUCUGCCAAAACCAAUAGUGAGUAG